AUGACGUGCGCUUACCUGAUAAAAGGCGAAAGCAUUUGGAGCAUUGAUGAGGAAAAACAGCGUUCUUGGAUUUGGAAAUCCAUCCUUCACCUCCGACCUUUAGCAGAACGUUUCAUAAGGUGUGAAGUGGGAAAUGGAACUUCGGCCAGUUUCUGGUUCGAUAACUGGCUGCCCUUAGGUCCUUUGAUCAAUUUCUUUGGUUAUAAUGGUCCUCAGCAUAUUGGUGUCCCUCUUCAUGCCAAGAUUAGAGAAAUUUGUCCUAAUGAAGGUUGGCUCCUACGGCCUGCUAGAUCACCUAAAGAGCAACUUCAGAUCUUACUCUGCACGUUGCCUCUACCAGCCCGAUCCCUUGUUCCUGAUGUUUAUAAAUGGUGUGUUAAUGAUCUCAGUUUAGCAAAGUUCACCACCAGUCUUACUUGGGAAGCCAUAAGGAAUAGAGGUGAACAAGCUGUUUGGGCUCCUUAUGUCCGGUUCAAAGGCCACAUUCCACGCCACGCCUUUCACAUGUGGGUUACUCAGCAGGACAGGUUGCCUACUCGCGCAAGGCUUGCUACUUGGGAUCCAGGUAUUGAUGCAUCUUGUCUCCUUUGUGUUGGAUGUGUGGAGACAAGGGACCAUUUAUUUCUCAGAUGUAGUUUCAGUGAACAAGUGUGGCACCUCAUAACCAAACGUCUAGGCUAUCGGCCUACUCUGUUCCAUACUUGGACAGCUUUUGGUGACUGGCUUAGUUCACCGGAUUCUACCUGCCCCACAACGCUCCGUCGACUUGCUGCACAAGCAACUAUAUACAAGCUUUGGUCAGAGCGUAAUAACCGUCUUCAUAACGAAACUUCCUCUACGCCUCAAAGGAUCUUCAAAGACCUGGACAGGCUAAUCCGGAACUCAAUCCUUGCAAGGAAAGAGCGAAGGAAAUUUAGAGGUCUAAUGCAAGUUUGGCUAAAGCAUUCUUGA